GGUCCUUAUGAUUUUGUCUUAAAAACAAUAAAACCCUAACCCAUCGUCUCUCUGCUGCGUCUUCCUCCCUAUCAAUCGUCGCCGGCGAAUUUGAAAAACAUUUAGGCUAAUAAAGGAUUUUGCACGAUGGCGGGGGCUAACGAUGGGACAAGGCGUUUAAGGCCGAACCUACUAAUUACGGGGACUCCAGGAACAGGCAAAUCAACGACGGCUGCUGCUCUCGCCGAAGCCACGAGUUUCCGGUAUAUUUGCAUCGGAGAUCUCGUCAAAGAGAAGAACUUGCACGAUGGCUGGGACGAUAAGUUCAAGUGUCACAUCAUCAACGAAGACUUGGUGUGUGAUGAGCUUGAAGAUGUAAUGCAAGGAGGAGGUAACAUUGUGGACUACCAUGGCUGUGACUUCUUUCCCGAGCGAUGGUUUGAUCGUGUUGUGGUGCUUCAAACUGAGAACUCCCUUUUGUAUGACCGUUUAACUAAGAGGGGUUAUUCAGGAAUCAAGCUUAGUAACAACCUUGAAUGCGAAAUGUACCAAGUCCUGCUCGAAGAAGCAAAGGAGAGUUAUCUAGCGUCAAUAGUCCUCCCGCUACAAAGUAACACAAUCGAAGAUAUCUCUCAAAAUGUCGCGAGUCUGACUGAUUGGAUUACAGCAUGGCGACCCUGAUGAUCAUCAGAUUUGGAAUCUGAUGCUGCUGUAAUGGUUACAAGUUUAAGCUUUUUAGUAGUUUCAUAAUUAUAUGGAUUCUUGAGUAUCGGAUCUUGCUUGCUCGUUAUAUACUGAUAGUCUGAAGCACAAUUCAACUUAUGUAUGCUCUUUUUUAAUAUUAUAAUGAAAAGACAAAGUUUUCAUC